UAGUGAGAAAGGUCAUUUAGUGGGCUGCUCUGGCUGCAGCCUUAGGCUUGCUCCAGUAUUGUACCCGCCUGCCCCUCUUCUGCUUCCUCCCCCUCAGUCCAGCUUCCGCAGCAGCCUCAACCGCUUCCGUUUCUGCCUCCUUCUUAGCCCCCACCGGUGCCCACGUCUCAACCAACUGCCGUCUACUCCACUUUGGUGAGUCUUUUCCUGUGAAAAAGCUAAUGAUGGAAGGGCUUGGGGAAUAGGGUGCAGCCGGUGAAGAAGGCCCAUUAAUCGGCGCGGUGGCAGCCGAAUCCUCUUCACAGGCCUUGAUGGGGUACUCCUUAGACGAGAGCUUUACUGAGAGCCUGCCUCUGGCAGUUAAGCACCGAGUGUACGCUCUCAAAAAUCUUCAGGCCAAAUCCGCAGGCCUAGAUGCCAAGUACCUGAGGGAAUUUCAUUCCAUCGAGAGGAAAUUUGCUGGCAUCUAUUGGCCCUUAUUGGAAAAGAGACACCAGAUCAUCAAUGCACUCUACAAGCCCAUGAAAGAGGAGUGUGAGGUGAAGUCCAAGGCCGAGGACAAUGGUUAUAAUGAGGUGGAAGAUUAUUCUAAUGCUCAGAUGCAGGGUCUGGAGGAGAAUCCGGAGUAUGAGGACUUGGAAGAAUAUUGCGAGGAAGAUUUCAAGGAUGUGGAGGAGGUGUUUGGGGAGUAUGGAGGAAUUGAGGGACAUAAUGUGGAUGAAGAGAAAGAGGAGCCUACAGGGAUCCCUGAUUUCUGGCUCACAGUUUUAAAGAACGUCGAGGAGAUCUCUCCAUUGAUUCAGAAAUAUGACGAGCCCAUUCUGAAGCUCUUGCGAGACGUGAAAGUCAAGUUUUCAAAACCCGACGAGCCGCUCGCCUUCACUCUGGAAUUUCACUUUGAACCCAACGACUACUUCACAAAUGAGGUGCUGACCAAAACUUAUACGGUCAAGUCUAAGCUCCAUUACUCUGACCCCCACCCCUUUAGGGGAUCUGCGGUGGAGCAUUGCAUAGACUGCAAGAUAGUCUGGAAUGAGGGGAGGAACGUCACUGUGCAAACGGUCCUGAAGAAGCAGAGGCACAGGUUUUGGGGACUGUUGCGCACAGUGACCCAGGAAUUUCCCCUAGAGUCCUUCUUCAACUUAUUCAGUGCUCUCCGGUGGGGUAUGGAUGCCGAUGAAGAUGAGGAAGACGUCUUCAUUGCUCACAGUUUGCGCACGUUUGUCAUCCCUAGAGCUGUGCUGUAUUUCACAGGAAAAGCACUUGAGACCGAGCAAGAGGGGGUGAUCAGGGAAUGUAAUGAGCUGGCUUAUGACAAAGUCACUCAUGAGAACGGGUUGGCUGCUGUUGAGGGUGCUAAAGGCCAAAGCCUGGACCCCCAGGAAGAAGAUAUUGAUAGCUGAAGCAGGGAGGUUGGUGUGUGUGGGCCCCCAGGUUGAGUCUGCCUGUGUUUACAGUAACCAAAACUUAACCAUAAGUUACUUACAGUCUUAAAGUGUUGUCUCUUCCUGGUACUCUCAGUAUAAAACUAUGUCCAAAUAUAUAUUUAAUUUAUUUAAAAAAUUUUUUUUGUCCAAAUAUAUUUAACAACGCAUUCCAUCUAGCACUCCAGUAGUGUAAACUUUUUAAAGAAAUGUAGAAGGCAGUGAAUUCUCUAAGCAUAUGUAAACCUUGGUAUUGUGAAUUCAUGGCUUUUGUCAGGUUGCUGUUAGUUUCUAGCCAUGAAAAAUUACCAGAACUGGUAACUGAGAUAUAUGUGUUUGGAGAUUUUUUUUUUCCUGGAAAAAGCAAAGCGUGCCUCUGUUCCCCAGCCUUCUUGGUGAAUGGGCUUUAUUCUGUUUGCACUAACUGUGCCUUCAACUGUUUGUUAUAGAAAUGCAGCAAGUUAUACUAAAAUGCACUUGAUUUGUAAUUUGAGAAACUACUAGCAUAAGAAUAAAACAUUUGUAGCAAAACUACAUUUAUUGUUAUUGACUGUUGUUUAUAGGCUCCUGUAUUUUAUGUGAUAUAGUGAUCUACUCAGAAACCCAGCUGUAUUAUUUUUUAUCAGUGAGGUAUAGUUAAAACAAUUUUCUCUAAAUCCAUAAAUUGUGCCAUGUACUUCUGCAAAAUGGGGUUAAAGUAUGCAUUUUCUUUUCUGGAAUGUUCCUCUCUUUUAUGGAAAUUACAUGAUUAGUUAAGCUUUUUCCUUAUG